AUGGAACAAUACCUCCGAAGCUAUGUUUCCUAUCAACAAGACGACUGGGUCCGAUGGCUACCGAUGGCUGAAUUUGCAACCAACAACCACGUUUCCGAAACAACAAAAGUUUCCCCCUUUUAUGCUAAUUCGGGAAGAAAUCCUAGGAUAACAUUUGGGCCUUUGGAACAUGGUAGAACGACGGCGGAAGAUCAAGCUAAUAGCAUUGCGCGAGAAAUGAUGGAUAUCAUCGACUUCUUACGAAAUGAUAUGUUCCGAGCACAAAGGAUUCAAGAAGAGUCGGCCAAUAUGAAUCGGAUUCCGGCCCCUCACUACCGUGUGGGAGAUAAAGUUUUCCUGUCGACACGCCAUGUCCUUACGAAACGACCUUCGAAGAAAUUCGAUUGGAAACGUAUUGGACCGUAUGUUGUAAAACGAAUUGUCAAUCCCUAUGCCUAUGAAUUAGAACUCCCUCGUUCGAUGAAAAUACAUCCGGUAUUCCACGUUUCGUUAUUGUCGCCCGCAGCCAAUGAUCCCUUGCCCGGUCAGGAAGAACUACCUCCACCCCCAGUUGAAAUUGAAGGACAGGAGGAGUGGGAGGUUGAAGAUAUUUUGGACUCGAGGAAGCGCCGGGGGAGAUUCGAAUAUCUAGUGAAGUAUGUCGGGUAUGAUGAAGCUUCUUGGCAACCAUUGUCGGACGUCGAACAUUCGCCCGAUAUUGUUAAACGAUUCCACAAACGUUACCCACGGAAGCCUAAGCCUACCAGGAGGUAG